AGGUGGCGCCACCGCAUCACGUGAAUUUUCAUGGCGUUGAAGGGCUCGUCCCGAAUUGUCUUGUGAUUUUGCCAAAUUACUUGCUGUUUCUGAUAUUUAUUAUUAAACAGCAUUAAUUUAUAAAUUGUAGUGGUGAAAAUGUCGGAGUACUGGUUGAUCAGUGCCCCUGGUGACAAAACCUGCCAGCAGACAUGGGACACCCUGAACAAUGCCACCAGGUCGGCCAACCUUUGUGCCAACUACAAAUUCCCAAUCCCCGACUUGAAGGUGGGGACACUGGAUCAGUUGGUUGGGCUGUCUGAUGAUCUGGGUAAGCUUGACACCUUUGUAGAGGGUGUCACUAGGAAGGUGGCUCAGUAUCUCGGUGAGGUACUUGAAGACCAACGUGACAAACUCCAUGAGAAUCUGAUGGCAAACAACAGCAUCGACUCUUACGCGGAUCCUGGUGGGGGAGAACCGCCUCCUUCGCCGACCUCUCCUGUCUGUGACUCGGCAUUCUCUGAGCAUCACGGCUGUUGGCCGUGCGACCACCAUUCGGAGUGCGAGGCCUCCCACCCUUCUCAGCCCAGUAGUGGGCGUAGUUCACCGCGGUGGGACGACGAAGAAGAGGAAGAGAGACACCACCAUGUGCUCACACAAGGCGACCUGCCCACGUACCUCACCCGUUUCCAAUGGGACAUGGCCAAGUAUCCUAUCAAGCAGAGUCUGCGCAACAUCGCUGAUAUUAUUAGUAAACAGCUGGGCCAAAUCGACGCUGACCUGAAAGUGAAAUCUUCCGCCUACAACGCACUCAAGGGCAACCUGCAGAACUUGGAGAAGAAACAGACCGGGAGUCUGCUGACCCGCAACCUGGCGGACCUCGUGAAGAAGGAGCACUUCAUCCUGGACAGCGAGUACCUCACCACAUUGCUCGUCAUCGUGCCUAAGUCGAUGUUUAACGAUUGGAACGCCAACUACGAGAAGAUAACCGAUAUGAUAGUGCCGCGCUCUUCUCAGCUCAUCUACCAGGACAACGACUACGGCCUGUUCACCGUCACUCUCUUCAAGAAGGUGGUGGAGGAAUUCAAACUUCACGCUCGCGAGCGCAAGUUCGUUGUCCGCGAGUUCUCAUACAACGAGGCGGAUCUAGCGGCAGGCAAGAAUGAAAUCACUAAACUAGUCACCGAUAAGAAGAAACAAUUCGGUCCGCUGGUGCGGUGGUUGAAGGUGAAUUUCUCCGAGUGCUUCUGCGCCUGGAUCCACGUGAAGGCUCUGCGCGUGUUCGUGGAGUCGGUGCUCAGGUACGGGCUGCCGGUGAACUUCCAGGCGGUGGUGAUGGUGCCCGCGCGCAAGAGCGUCAAGAAGCUGCGCGACGUCCUGCAGCAGCUCUACGCCCACCUCGACCACUCCGCGCAGCACCACGCCAACUCACAGGACAAUGCAGAGUUGGCCGGUCUCGGGUUCGGUUCAUCGGAGUACUAUCCGUAUGUGUUCUACAAGAUAAACAUUGAUAUGAUAGAGAAUAAGACGGUCUAAACAAUGAUAGAGAACAACACGCCCCACUUAUGUUAGGUAAUGUUACCAGGACGCGCGUAUUUACCGCGAUGGACUGAACUACAGUUCAGUCAUGGAUCAUAGUUACAAUAUUAUGUUGAACGAUACAAAUUGUUUAUAUCACAUAUCUAUUGAAAUUUUAACACAAAUUAUUUAUAAUUUUGCCCCUUACGAUUCCCAUGUAAAAAGAAUCACAUAUUGUAUUAUAUUCCCCGAUAUAUUUUGCUAUGUACAGAUUUUGUUCAUUUUAAAUAUUUACAUUAUGAUUUUUGACUUUUUGAAUUUUGUGUUUUAAUCUAUGAUGCAGGUUGUAGAUUAAGAAAGUGUGUCCUAUUUAUGUACAUUAUUUAUAAAUAUGAUGCCAUUGAAUAGAAACUGUUUUAGAUAUCCCAAUAUUUGUGGAAGCUAAAUAAGCUUUUGCUUGGAAUAUUUUGUUUAGUGUUUUUGAUGCAACAAAAAUUAUAAUAUACAGUAUUAUUUCAGUUGCGUUUGCUGUGUAGUAUUAAUAGAAUUCCGAUCAUAAAUCUGUAUAUUAACUGUUCGACAAAUAAAAAUAUAUAUAUCGGAGUUAUGAAAUGCAAAAGCUAUGUAAAUAAGAACAUUCCUCAUUAUAAAUCGUGUAGUACAUAAUAAAAAUAUUAUUCAAGUUACUGUU